GCGGCCAUGGCGGCGGGCGAGGGGCUGGUGUCGGUGGAGUACGAGGUGUUCGGCAAAGUGCAGGGCGUUUUCUUCCGCAAGUACACGCAGGCCGAGGGGCGGCGGCUGGGGCUGGUCGGCUGGGUGCAGAACACGAGCCAGGGCAGCGUGCGGGGGCAGCUGCAGGGCCCCGCGGGCCGCGUGCGCGAGCUGCAGCACUGGCUCCGCAACACGGGCAGCCCCCAGUCCCGCAUCAGCAGGGCCGAGUUCCGCAACGAGAGGAAGAUCGAGGCGCUGGAGCACGAGGACUUCCAGAUUGUCAAGUAGCGGCGCCGGGAGCGCCGCCGGCAGCGGCUGGAGCCGCCCGCGCGGCACCGCCAGCCUCACGCUCCCUUUGUGGUCAGCUAACGCUCGGCUGUAGAGAGCUUUAUUUAUUGCUGUCCUAAUUUAUCGGCUCGUUACGCGCUUUGUCCGACUCUCAACCACUGAUGAUGUGCUGGCAGGUGGAAUGAGGAGCUGGGUUAUCCUCGCUGCUUGGGAUUUAUUUUGUUACCGACAGAGGAAGAAACUUAUUUAUUUUAUUUCUUUUUAAUAAAAGU